AUGACCAGCAACCCCAUGGUCGAAGCCUACAAUGGCACCUCGCCCUUCCUCCACCCCUCGCCGCCGUCCCAGGGGCUCACCACCACGAACAACAACCGCCUACAGCCCUCUGCGAUUCCCCCGUCCCUCUCUAGCCCGAGCCUCCAUCGCCCGCUCUCGGCCACGACCGCCUCAUCCAGCCACGAGCGUUACCCCCACGACCAAGCGGAUGGUGCCAACAACGUGCGUAAGUCGCACAGCCAGUCCGUCUCCUCGAACCCACACACGCUGGCGUCGUCGCGCUCCAAGGACACCCAGGCGGUCGACGACAAGCACCGUAUAGCCCGCACCCUCCCACCCUGGGUCCAGUCCGUCGACGACGAAGACCACGUCGAUGCUUCAUCAUUGCUGUUACCGCGCACGCCCACCUCGGCCCGCCCGGCUUCGCACAACUACAUGCCAACCCCCAAGUCGCAUGUCCCUGGCCGCAGGUUCGACCACGCCCGCGAACAUGCGCCCGUCACCCCGACGGCGCCCCUCGCCGAGCAGGCUUCCAAGUGGCAGCAGUUCGCAAAGGCCUCCGACUACGACCGCGACCGGCCCUCGUCCUCGCGCGGCCAGAUCGUGGACGACGACUGGAUGAAGGAGAACAUGCCCGAUCUCGAGGAGCCUUGGCAGCCCAUGGACCAGGAAGAGAAGGAGCCGCUCAAGGGAUUCUUCCUGUUCAGCUCCGCAAAACGCGCGCGCUUCCGCAAAGUCCUCAUGAACCACCCCAUGGUGCCGCUUGCCGUGCGCCUGAUAGUCCUUUCCUUCUCCGUUCUAGCGCUCGCCCUGGCUGGCUCUAUCUUCCACCGGUCAGACAAUCGCUCGUGCGAGAACAACUCGUCCACGUGGAUGGCUAUUAUUGUCGACGUCGUGGCCAUUGUCUACACCGUUUAUAUAACCUACGAUGAAUACACCUCAAAACCCCUGGGACUGCGGUCCCACUACGCCAAGAUGCGCCUUGUUUUCCUCGACCUUGCUUUCAUUGUGUUCGAUUCUGCGAAUUUGAGUCUGGCUUUCCAGGCGCUGAGGGACAGCCGAUGGGCGUGCAUGGAUGGCACCGAUCUGAACGACCCUUUGAGUGGCUCCUCCGGCUGUCCCUACAUCAAGAGCAUAUGUACAAGGCAGAAGGCGCUGACGGCUACGCUGCUGAUUGCGCUAAUUGCCUGGCUGACUACUUUUGCAAUCAGCACUAUGAGGCUCAUCGAGCGCGUAGCGCGAUAA